CGCCUUCCCCAACGCCCACGCUGACCAUCCGCCCGCCGCCGCACCCAAGCCAAGCCAACCCAAGCCAACCCAAGCUAAACCCAUCCAUUCCGGACGGACUUGCACUGCUGCUUCACACCACAAUCAUCCUUCCGCCCUCGAUCCUCCUCCCUCCUACUGUACUUCCUACGUCCAUUCCUCUCAUUCAGCCCCAACCACACUCGUUUCUCGUUUGGACAAUUCCUGAUUCUGGCCUGCGAAACUGUCUCUGCGAAAACGCACUUCGAUCGAUUGCAGAGACCUUAAAUUCCACCGACCAGCGCUCGGAAAUUGGAACGCUGGAUUACGGUACAUCCCUGGUCUUAGCACGCAUAUCACCCAACCUUCCCUUCCCUUUUUCCCCACGAAGCAAAACGCGAGACGUGGGACUUGAACCGACAUUCGUUGCUUUCAGUUGAGUUGAAAAGAAGUGGAAUGGUCGGAGGAAUUCUAUAGACGCCAUUGCGACAGACGAUAUCAUCUGCAGAAGUGAAGGAAUUGUUGGACGACAAUUCAAGCGCUGUUCAGCUUGGCUUGCUUGGAAUUGCUGAUUCACGAGACGGAUUUCUCCCAAGGAGAAGGAGGACGACGAAAAUAUAGGAUCAGAUUUAUCGGCGGCCAUACGUUUGCAAACCAACGCGAUCAGUUCUCUUUACCUCGGGAUCAAACACGACCUGGGAUAUCAAACUUCACAAUGCGGCCAUCAACAGCCACCCUCGCUUUCACCCUCCUCUCAAUCAUAUCCUCCGGGCUCGCGCAAACCACGACCGCGACAGCAGCAGCAGGUGCCGCUUCGCCAGAUGGAGUAAUCGUCCCUUUCAAUUCAGGCCUCCCCGUCUGUGCCUCGAAAUGCGGACCCCUCUUCGACGUCCAAGGCAAAUGUUCACCGCCAGCCACGACAGCCGUCGACGAGAACUGCUUCUGUACCGAUUCACGACUCACUGUUUUCGACAAUGGUGGCACGACCGGCGUGUCGCUUGUCUGCGGCCCGCAGAGCUGUACGUCACAAUCCGAUAUGGAAGCCGUGAAGAAAUGGUAUGAUGGCUUCUGUGCAAAGGGUAAGGUCGUGACGACAACGGCAUCAAAUGGGGUCAUUGCUACGCAAACGGGUGUAAGCAAGCCGAAAACUACUGGGCCUAGCAGUCCUUCUUGGUAUGUCCCUCACUACAGAUACUUCCAUAUGCCUGAAGAGCACACGCUAACAUGCUGUUCCAGGAUCUCAUCACACUACAAAUGGGUCAUCAUGAUAGUCGUGAUCUUCUUCGCUAUUGUCGGAGGCUGGAUUGGAGCUUGUCUCCUGCGCCGCAGAUAUCUUCGCAAGAAGGAGAGAGAAAUCGAGAUGAAGCCUCCAGUUGCUUGGGGACCACAUCAGAUGCAGGGUGCGACAGGUGGCUACAAUUACGGUGAUGCACCUGGGGAUGGGAAUAGAGGCGGACCACACGUUGCUGGCGGACACUCCAAGGAAUACGCAUCGGCAGCAGCAACACCAGCGGAUGGCAGGAAAGCCAAAAGAGAAAGCAGGGGCUUGCACAAACUGAACAGGUUUUGAUGACCAACAUCUGUAUAUCUCUCAUCAUAUUAUUCAGCACAUGUGGAUUCGGCAAUUUGGGCUUACGGCGUUGAACGGAAUGGGUACGUACGGAUCUGGGAUCUGGGUGUUUUUGGUUUAUCGGCUCGACGUCCAGGCACAGCUGACCAUGCGGUCAAAAAAGUCUCGUUCUGGCAUGAUUCGGGUGGCUCUGGGAGACUUUAUAGCCGGGAUUGGGUCGUAGUUUAUGAAGGACAUGUGCACCGGAUAUUAUAGUAGCAAUUUCUAAUGUUCAUAUUGGCUCGCGUACCUUUCUACCUGUAUUGAUUGAUGGGAUGAGUUCCAAUCUGAGCUUGAACCCAUGGAAUCCAAGUGGAUAUUCACUUCUGUG